AUGAGAAACACAACAACGAAGGAUGAGGAUGUCAACUAUUUGGAUUUUAUUGGUGGAGAUGAAAGUUAUGAUGUUGUUCAAGAAUCCACCCUGGUGGACCAACAGGCACCAACAGUUCAAAACAACCAUCGGAAAACCUCACCAACCAAUCAAGCACAGACACUACAAAAGGAUUCCCAUCAUCCCAACAACAACAAGCACAACAACAAUUAUCCGAAUAACAAUGGCGCCGAUACAACAACAUUGAUUAAGAAUACACCCAACCACAUCAAACCAACAACGAAACAACAACAAGACGACUUUUGUAAAUGCAUCGCCAACGGAGGAAAACUCGUUUCAGUAUUUCAUGACCAUCUCAACACCACAGCAGGAAAUGCCAAGUCAGGAGGACCAGCAGGUGAACUUGUCUUGUUUUAUGGAGUUUUGAAUGGUCUUCAAGACAUUGCCAAUCAGUAUGGAAUAGGUCAUGAAAAGGCUAAAUUGUGCCAUUUGAGUUUGGAUUGGAAUGAGGCUAGUUUCAAACAAAGUUUCAAUGAUGUGAGUGAUCGAGUUGCAAAGUGUUCAAAAGAACAAAAGAAAGUAGCAGGUAUUGAUGAACAUUCGGUAUUUCAUUUGAUAUUUGUGGAAAUGUAUUCAUUUGAUCGUGCACUUACCAUGAGAAAUAGUCCAUCUCGGUGUGAUACUGACAGAUUCUGCCUUCAUUUCAGAGAUCACAAAUGUCGAUAUCGAAUCAUUGAUUUUUGGGGAACACCUCCACCACAAAAUCAUCACAACAUGCAUUUGAAGCAAUACUUGACUCCUUAUCCAAAUAAUUACAAUCAAUUUAUUGGCUAUCAUCAAAGUCCAUGCUUUGAAAAUUCACUUUCAGCUCCCAUUCAACAAUUUGAUAAGAAUGAGAGGAGAGAUUUAUUUGAUGGACGAGAAUCGGCAAUUGAUUCUCUGUUAAAAGAGAAAAUUCGAAAGAUGGACCCCAAAAUUUCACACCAACUCUCCAUCAUAUUCCAUGACAUUAAAUCUGAAUAUACAACAGACAAAGAAUCACAAUUUCUUGAGGUGCUUUCUCAAGUUCAAGACGAUUUGGACAUGUUUACUGACCCUCAAUCACCCUCUUCAGAAAAGAUUGAAUUUUUAGUUUGGGGCAAGGAGCCAAGAUACUUUACAAAACCCGUAAAAGAUUUCCUGUCACGUUUGCAUUCAACCUUUGCUCCAAACAUUGCCAUUCAUACCACUCUUAAAAGCAUGGACCAUCCCAUUCUACCAUUCAUUGUUAACCAUGGUAUUAAGGGAAUUGAAGAAUGGAAAAGUCUAUUAAGGAGCGUUCAUUUUGUGAUUGGAAUUGGAGAUCCAGUGGUAGGACCUACUGCCAUGGAUGCAAUUUCUUGUGGAGCAAUCUUUUUAAAUCCAGUCUAUGAUCAUGAACGAGUAUUGAACAAUUUAAAUGGAUGGUUCAAACUGAAAAAUCAACAUCCCUACGUACAACAGUAUAUUGGUCCUCCCUAUUCCUUCCAAUACCAUCUGUCCAAUGAGAUUCCCUUCGACAAGUAUCACGAAGAAUAUCUACCAGCCAAUGCCUUCAAACAAUCCACAACGAUGGAGGAAGCUCUCCUUCGUAUCAUUCAUGGCAACUUGUUAGAUAAGGUACUUGACCAAAAGCUUCGUCUCAAAGGUUUUCUUCUCAAAGAAUAUUCUUUAGAUUCCAUUCAGGAACGUUUGUUGAAGGAAAUAUUUAAUGAGGCUGAUUCCUUGUGUGAAAGUAGUACUCCUAGCUAG